CCCUGUUUUGUAAAUAGCUCUCUCAAGAUAGCUAGCUAAGUGCGUAGCUAGGUGGCCAGAAAUCGGCUACAUUAGAUAGGUUAUAUUAGAUACACUAAAUACUGUAAGUAAAAACACUACACGGCAUUAACCUGAGCAGUUGUCAGGAUGAUUCCGACGGAGGACGCGUCAGCGCGGAAGAGGGAGAUUGAGGAGAAAUUAAAACAGGAACAGGAAACGCUGUCGUUCAUCCGUGAGAACCUGGAAAAGAGCGAUCAGCUAACCAAAGGCAUGGUGGCCAUCCUGUCGUCGUUCGAGAGCCGGCUGGUGCAGCUGGAGAACUCCAUCAUCCCCGUGCACAAGCAGACGGAAAACCUGCAGCGGCUGCAGGAGAACGUGGACAAGACCCUGUCCUGCCUGGACCACGUGAUCAGCUACUACCACGUGGCCAAGGACACGGACAAGAUCAUCAGGGAGGGACCUGCUGGCAGACUGGACGAGUAUCUGGCUUGCAUUGCUAAGAUCCAGAAGGCAGUGGAGUACUUUCAGGACAACAAUCCAGACAGCCCAGAGCUCAACACAGUGAAAGCGCGCUUUGAGAAGGGGAAGGAGCUGCUGGAGGCGGAGUUCCGGGCGCUGCUGACCCGCUACAGCAAGCCGGUCCCACCCGUCCUGAUCCUGGACGCCAUCGGGGUGGACGAGGAGCUGGAGGUGCAGGAGGAGGUGACGCUGGAGCACCUCCCCGAAGCCGUGCUCCAGGACAUCAUCUGCAUCUCCGGCUGGCUGGUGGAGUACGGCCGUAACCAGGACUUCAUGACGGUGUACUUCCAGGUGCGCUCGUCCCAGCUGGACCGCUCCAUUAAGGGUCUGAAGGAGCACUUCCGCAAGAACAGCGCCUCCUCCGGAAUCCUUUACUCCCCCGCCGUGCCCAACAAGCGCAAGGACACGCCCACCAAGAAGGCGCCCAAGAGGCCAGUCUACAUCCCAGGGACGAUCCGGAAGGCUCAGAACCUUCUGAAACAGUACUCCCAGCACGGGCUGGAGGGGCGAAAGGGGGGCUCUAACCUCACUCCUCUGGAAGGCCACGAUCAUGACCUCAGGGUUAAGCACCUUGUUGACGCCCUGAGUGAGAAGCAGGGGGCGUCCACAGGGAAGGACGAUGUGCUGGACAUCGAGAUCGACUCCUACAUCCACUGCAUCAGCGCCUUCGUCAAGCUGGCCCAGAGCGAGUACGCCCUGCUGACCGAGAUCAUCCCCGAGCACCACCAGAAGAAGACCUUCGACUCCCUCAUCCAGGGAGCUCUAGACAACCUGAUGCUGGAGGGGGACGACAUUGUGUCGGCCGCCAGACGGGCCAUCAUGCGGCACGACUACUCGGCCGUGCUCACCAUCUUCCCCAUCCUGCGUCACCUGAAGCAGACCAAGUCCGACUUCGACUCCGUGCUCCAGGGCACUGCUGCCAGCACCAAAAACAAGCUGCCCACCCUCAUCACCUCCAUGGAGACCAUCGGGGCCAAAGCGCUGGAGGAGUUCGCCGACAGCAUCAAGAACGAUCCAGACAAGGAGUACAACAUGCCCAAGGACGGAACGGUGCACGAGCUGACGAGCAACGCUAUCUUGUUCCUGCAGCAGCUGCUGGACUUCCAGGAGACGGCCGGAGCCAUGCUGGCCUCUCAGGUCCUUGGGGACACUUACAAUAUCCCUUUAGACCCCCGAGAGAGCAGCUCAUCAGCGAGCAGCUACAGCUCAGAGUUCAGCCGGAGACUCCUCAGCACAUACAUCUGUAAAGUUCUGGGGAACCUGCAGCUGAAUCUUCUGAGCAAGUCCAAAGUGUAUGAGGACUCCGCCCUGAGCGCUGUCUUCCUCCUCAACAACUACAACUACAUCCUCAAGUCCCUGGAGAAGUCGGAGCUGAUUCAGCUGGUGGGCGUGACUCAGAAGAAUGCGGAGGCUUUGUACCGAGAGCUGAUCGAACAGCAGAUGCAGAACUACCAGCGCAGCUGGCUGAAGGUGACAGAGUGCCUGACAGACAGGAACAUGCCUACAUUCCAACAAGGUGCCAAGCUGAAGGAUAAAGAACGUCAGAUGAUCAAGGAGAAGUUUAAGGGCUUUAACGAUGGGCUGGAGGAGCUGUGUAAGAUCCAGAAGGUGUGGGCCAUCCCAGAUCAGGAGCAGCGUGACGCCAUCCGCCAGGCCCAGAAAACGGUCGUGUCCGAGGCCUACCGGGCCUUCCUGCACAGGUACAGCAACAUCGCCUUCACCAAAAACCCGGAGAAGUACCACAAGUACAAACCCGAGCAGGUGGAGGACAUGAUCGAGAGGCUGUUUGACACGUCGGCUUGAGCCGAGUUUGCAUCUCCCGGCCCCGUCCUUGUCACGUGACCGGAGAGUGUUACAUACGUGUUCUGGGAGUCUGGUGUGUGUAUAUGUACAUAUGUGUUGUUGUGUUGUACAUACAUUAUUUUCCAUUAUUGCUGGGACCUUGUUCAUCUAAUAAAGGAAGUUCAUUGAUUGUGUGUUGUAUUGAUGGGUUGAAAGUGCACAGACACACGUUGUCCUUUGGACCCUGCUCUAAGCAGCGGAAGAGUUGAUCAGCAGAGGAGUUUCCAUUGACUGUUCUUUGACAGUUUACUUGUUCUGUUUGUUUGCAUUCUGUUUUUUCUAUUAUUCAGCCUUAACUAAACUGCUGUUACUGGCUGAUUUUGGUAUUAAUCUGGGCUGAAUACUGUUCUACUCAAGUAGAAUACAGAGCGGAAACCCCACAGCAGGGAGUAAAAGCUGUUUUUUCUGUAUGUAGUGCAGCUCUUUGCAUUUUACAGAUUGAUGUAGAAUC